UGAGUCCGAAUAUGGCAUGGAGUCGUCGCCAUACGCGGUUCCUGCAAUGUUAAAGCCGGACUUCGAGACCGACACGGUUUCCAACUCGCGAAGCAGCCGAGCGCGGGGGAGCGUUUCUUGAUAAAUAGAUAGGGAACGCAAUUCCCCCGGAUCACCUGCCCUGUAUUCCUGCGCACCACCACCGAUCCAGAGUUCCCAGAUUCCCUUCUCCAGUUCUCCUUCCCGGUCCAGGCAAGCAAGCAAUGGAUGUCAUGGAUCCCUUCACGUUGGACCUCCUUUCGUGCCCUGCUCCUCUUCCCAGCGCCCUGCACCCGACGGAGGUCACGGAGCUUGAUGCCUUCCUCCGCGCCACCGGCGACCUCCCUCCGUUUCCACGCGCCGACACCGCCGACGCUGUCCAUCCGUCCGUCGAGCCAUCCGCGCCACCACUCAUGCACCAAGCCCGAAAGCGCGCCGCUCCAAUCUCGGACAUCACGACCGCCGGCAAUGGCAAGAACUCCGCCAUCAAGCGCCCGCGGCUGUCCGACUACGACGCCGACAUCGACUUCAACCUCCGGGCGAUGGAGGAGGACCCCGAGGAGCAGCCCUCGCCGGACUACCUCGAGACGGUGCAGCGGGGCACUCAGAUGACCCCGUCCACGCGCCAAGACCUCGUGAUCUGGAUGGACGACUUCGCCCGCUACUACGAUCUCGCCCCGGGCACGCUCCACCGCGCCGUCUCCUACGUCGACCGCGUCCUCUCGCUCCGCACCCUGCCGCCGCCGCCGUCGCCGUCGUGCAAGACCGACGCCGGGUACGAGCUCCAGCUGCUGGGCGCCACGGCCGUCUUCACCGCGGCAAAGUACGAGGACCAGAGCACCCGGCAUAAGCUCGACACGGCCGAGAUCGCCCGGUACGGCGGCUUCGCCGGAGCGCACGAGGUCCGAGACAUGGAGCGCGACAUGUGCGCGGCGCUCCGGUACCGGCUCGGCGGGCCCACGGCCUACACCUUCGUGGACCACUUCACCAGGCACUACAACAGCGAUGGAGAGGAGGACUUGGAGGUUCAGCGGCUGGCGCAUCACCUGGCGAGCACCUCGCUGGCUGACUAUGGGUUCCUGCGGCUCUUGCCGUCCGCCGUGGCGGCGUCGGCGGUCUCCCUCGCCAGGCUCACGCUCGUCGACCCGAAGACGACGACGGCUAGGCAGGUGCAGGAGUGGAACACGGGUUUCGAGGAGCUGACGGGGUACCGGCCCGUGGACCUGGUCGCUGGCAUGUAUUCGAUGUGCGGGAUGAUGAGUCCGGAUCCGCGCUUCGCCGUCUUGCCAGCGUUCUUGCAGGAUCUGUGGCUCGCAGAAAACAGAAUAGAGUAGUUGAAUCUUGCGUUGUAAUUGGCAUUCAUAUGUACGUUUGGAGUCCCUGCAAUAUAAAGGAACUCGAUCAGUUUUGGCAUUCGCGCGACGAGUUGCAACUGCAAUGUGAAUGUUUACGGUGUUGUUGUAAACUUGUCAUUCAUCUCCUCUAAUGUCCGAA